GUAAGGCAAAGUUGUUUCCUUGAUUAUUUUCAUCGCUGUUGGGUUUUGUCACGCCACAAAGGAUUUAUCAAAAUGAAGUCUUUCUACUGUUUGGAUGUUAUCAUUUGUUCGACAGUUGUUGUUGUGGCCUUAGCUGGAUUUUCCGACGCUGAAUCCGAGCAACGGAGUUUAUUUGAGCUGGAGCAAAAAAAUCGGCGCACGGCCGGUGGACCCUCCGGGCUGAUAGCUUUCCCGCGCGUCGGACGCAGCGAUCCGAAUCUGGUGAAUAAUUUGCAUGAAGCUGACAUCUCAGCGCUCGGCGAAAGCCUCAUGUACCCCGCCUCCUUAGAGGACUACGAAGUAGAAUAUCCAAAAAGCGAAAUGAAGCGCGCCAGCCUGAUACCUUUCCCACGCGUAGGUCGCACCGAUGCGGAGUUGAGGAAGUGGGCGCACAUUAUGGCGCUGCAACAGGCACUGAAUAAGGCCACCGGCCCCAGCGCUACUUCAGGCCUAUGGUUCGGCCCACGCUUGGGUAAACGCAGUGUGGACGCGCAGCAACAACAGCAGCAAACACACAAGUCGCCUGCCAGCGGCCAAAAGGAGCUUUACUAAGCAUAGUGCAGCAACAACAACAACACAGAUAUAACAAUUGACAUUGACGAACCACAAAUGCAAACGAUUAGGCCGACGAUUUUUGAACCAUUGAAACCAUACCAAGUUACCCAAAUGUUAAGUUAGCGCAAUUGUCAUAGCAGAUAAAACUCAAAUUUUAUGCAAAAGCGAAAAAAUAUAAACGAAAAAGUUAAAAAUAGCACAAAACAUACAAAUAUACACUUACUAAUAUAUACACAUGUGUAGAUAGUGUCUUUGAGGGAGUUUAGAGAGUUAGUAAAAACAGUAUGCUAGAUGCGCAAAACAAACAAAAAGACUAUAUUUAAUAAAAAAAUUUAUAAAGAGAUCGAUUUUCGAGUUUGUUGUUUUUGUAAAUUUUAGUUUUUAGCUUCGCAUUUCUUGCACACUCAAAAGAAACAAUAACAAAAACAUAAAGCAUAAAACAUGCCCGUUGCACAGGUGUUGCUUUUGUUUUGUACAUAUUUUCUUCAAAUGGGCUGGUGAGGGCUUUCAUUGCAAUGCAAGCACCAAAGGAAAAAAAGGAAAAAAAAACAACAGCAAAAAAUAUAAAAAUCUAAAAUGUUACAAAUAUAUGUAUAUAAAUGUACCACACACCCCUGCACCUACACCUUUGACUACUUGUCCCUUCCGCACACACCAACACACUUAAGCAACUCUGCAUUGCAAUGAAAGUCCUUUAAAACGAACAACUAAUAACAACAACAUCGACUAAAACAAAACGCCACACUUCUGCAAUGGCCUCCCACACAAAAGUAGCAACAACAACACUUAGCGGUCACAUUUCACACUUUCGUUGUUAUGAUUUAACUUAUAUACACUAUAUACAUAUAUACAUACAUGCGAUAUAUAUAAAUGCCUAAUGAGAAUUAUACAAAACUCCUUAAAUUAAUGUUCUUGCAAUAAAUAAAAUUAAUAAAAAUCAAAUACUUUUACUAUGUACAUUUGAGAGCACGGAG